CGCCCGGCUCCUGCGGCGCGGCGGGCUGUGCGGACAUGGCCGCGGCGGUAGCGGUGGCGGCGGCGUCUCGGCGCCAGUCCUGCUAUCUGUGUGACCUGCCCCGCAUGCCCUGGGCCAUGAUCUGGGACUUUACGGAGCCCGUGUGCCGCGGCUGCGUUAACUACGAGGGCGCCGACCGCGUGGAGUUCGUCAUCGAGACGGCGCGCCAGCUGAAGCGUGCUCACGGUUGCUUCCCCGAGGGCCGCUCACCGACCGGCGCGCAGCCCGCGGCCGCCAAGCCACCGCCACUGUCGGCCAAGGACCUACUGCUGCAGCCGCCACCGCAGCUGGGCCACGCGGGCGGCGACGCCGCGCGCGCUCAGGCCAUGGAGCGCUACCCGCUGGCGCCGGAUCGAGCCCCGCGCCUGGCCUCCGACUUCAGCGCACGCGCGGGUGCGGGUAUCCCACAGUCGGCCGCGCCGCAGCCCGCGCCAGCGAACGGCAUCCUGGUGCCCAACGGCUUCUCCAAGCUGGAGGAGCCGCCCGAGCUGAACCGCCAGAGCCCGAACCCGCGGCGUGCACACGCCGUGCCGCCCACCCUCGUGCCUCUGGUGAACGGCUCCGCCGCGCUGGGGUUGAGUAGCCGUGCAGCAGCCACGCUCGCUGCGGUGAGCGGGACGCCGGGCCUGGGCGCUCAGCCCACCGAGUUGGGCACCCACAAGCGGCCAGCGUCGGUGUCGGGCGCGGCGGAGCACGAGGCGCGCGAGCCGAACAAGGAGAAGGCACAGCCCGCACACCGGAGCCCCGCAGACAGCUUAUCCGGCGCGCCCGGGGCGAGUGAGCUGGGCGCGGACGGUGCAGGCAAGGGCCGAGCGCCCGGGGAGCAGGACUGGGCCAGCAGGCCUAAGACGGUGCGCGACACGCUACUGGCGCUGCACCAGCACGGCCACUCGGGGCCCUUCGAGAGCAAGUUCAAGAAGGAGCCGGCCCUGACUGCAGGCAGGUUGUUGGGUUUCGAGGCCAACGGGGCCAACGGGUCUAAAGCAGUUGCGAGAACAGCGAGGAAAAGGAAGCCUUCCCCAGAACCGGAAGGGGAAGUCGGGCCCCCUAAGAUGAACGGCGAGGCGCAGCCCUGGCUGUCCACUUCCACCGAAGGGCUCAAGAUCCCCAUCACCCCUACGUCCUCUUUCGUGUCUCCGCCACCCCCGACUGCCUCUCCUCAUUCCAACCGGACCACACCGCCGGAAGCGGCCCAGAACGGCCAGUCCCCUAUGGCAGCCCUGAUCUUAGUAGCAGACAACGCAGGGGGCAGUCACGCCUCAAAAGAUGCCACCCAGGUUCACUCCACCACCAGGAGGAACAGCAGCAGCCCGCCCUCGCCCUCUUCAAUGAACCAAAGGCGGCUUGGCCCUAGGGAGGCCGGGGGCCAGGCCACGGGCGGGGGCGCGGGAGGACUGGAGCCGGUGCACCCCGCCAGCCUCCCAGACUCCUCUCUGGCGGCCAGCGCCCCGCUGUGCUGCACCCUGUGCCAUGAGCGGCUGGAGGACACGCACUUCGUGCAGUGCCCGUCUGUCCCUUCGCACAAGUUUUGCUUCCCCUGCUCCAGACAAAGCAUUAAGCAGCAGGGAGCCAGCGGGGAGGUGUACUGUCCCAGCGGGGAGAAGUGCCCCCUCGUGGGCUCCAACGUGCCCUGGGCCUUCAUGCAAGGGGAGAUCGCCACCAUCCUCGCUGGAGACGUGAAGGUGAAAAAGGAGAGGGACUCGUGACUUUUCUGCUGUGUUCAGAGAACCCCCAUGGUUAACCCUUAACUCAAACUUCUUGAACUGUAUAUAAAUCUCCAUAUAUAUAUAUUAUAUAUAUAAAUAUAUAUAUCCAAGACAAGGGAAAUGUAGACUUCAUAAACAUGGCUGUAUAAUUUUGAUUUUUUUUUUUUUUUUUGGAAUACAUUGUUUCCUUUUUUUUUUUUUUUUUUUUUUUUUUUUUUUUUUGACGACAAAAGGUAUGUACUUUAAAAAGGCAUUUACUUCUUUUGUUAAUGUUGUUAGGCUGGCUGUGCUUGAAUUCUUGGUGACAGUUGCUGUUCUCUGUAGGCUGCGACUUGGCUGCUCUUUUUUUUCCCCCUUCCCCAAGAGCACUUGGCAAACAAAUGCUUCUAGCCGUAUUUGUAUGCACUUAUUUUUAAAAAAGAAAAGAAAAGAAAAAAAAAGCCAAAUACAUUUUUCUGACAUUGUUA